AUGGCUUCCCGCACGCUACCUCGGAGGCAGCUGGACGCUUCCGGGGAUUUCACGGAGGCCUUGGAGUUCCCUCUGGAGGACGACGACCCGGAUGCACUGAUCCAGGUGGAGGUGUGGAGCUCUGAUGGUCGCAGUCGUGGUGCUUUGCGUGGUCGGGUGGAUGUGCCGCUCUAUUGCGCGGGGAGGAACUGCAUGAGAGAGCUGCAGCUUCCGGUGCGGGACUUGCACCGGCCGCGCGGCGAGGGCAGCCAGGUUGGCUCUGUGCGGCUGGAGGUGGGCUUCCAUCAGAGCUUGGGGGCUCUGUUGCUGCCGCGGCCCAGCAAGCAGGCGACGACGGCCUGGCAGACUGUCGGUGGUGACAAGAGUAUCCGGGAGCAGUUCCGGGAGCUGGAAGCCUUCAUGCAGCAGUUCGAGGUGUUUUCGAGCCGCUUCGGGAACCACUGCUUCACCUCCCGCAGUCUCUCCAUGGAGUACCGUCGCAUCAUACAGUGGGACAGCCCGCUGCUGACGCUGCUGUGCCUCCUUGCGCUGACCAUCCAGAUCGGAUUCUUUCAUGAGUACGUCUUGCCUGUCGUGGUGCUGGUUGUCCUCGGUGUGGUGCUGUGGUAUCAUCCUGUUCUGCAGCGCUAUUGCGGUUCAUGGGAGCAGUGGUGGGAGGAGUCGUGGUGCAGCCGGCGCUCCGGCUCCCAACCGCGUAGCAUGCGGUCUUGCUCCCUCGCCUCCGCAGAGAGCGUGAAGAAUCUUCCAAGCGAGGCUUUGACGGAAGAUGGGCCGCCCGAGGUCCAGGAGCGCUACGAGAACGAGCGCCGCCUGGUGCUUGGCAG